GGCGCGGACGGGCUCGUUUCCACGCUCGUGGAAAGCGAAGUGAAGCGGGGCAACGAGGAGAUCCGGGCGGCUGGCGGUCGAGGCGCAUACGUUUGAUGGGUCAGAGAGCUGGACGUCCAAAGCCAAAAAGGACAUUCAAGCUGGAGGAAUAUCAGACGAUGACGGCCGAGGCAGAUGAGGAGAGCUCUACAGAGGAAGCUUUGGAGACGUGCAGCCAGAAGCUCCAAGAGAUUUGUGGGAUGGCAGACUCAAGAAAUGGAGCUGUUGGCCUGUACAAUAUUGGACUAAACUGCUGCCUCAACUCCUUGCUUCAGGUCUUCUUCAUGAACAGACAGUUCACUAUGAUACUCCGGAGGAUCAAAGUGCCCUUUGAAGCUGCGGAGCAGAAAGCAAGCGUCCCUUAUCAAAUGCUCUUGCUUCUGGAGCAGAUGCAACGGAGCAAGAGGAGAUCUGUGCAUCCCUUGGAUCUUGUCCGCUGCCUCUCAAUGCACAAUGUGAAAUUGCUUGUUCUGUAUGAUGCUUCUCAACUCUUCUUGAUCCUCUGGAACCUAAUUAAGGACCAAAUCACAAAUGUGAAUCUGGUUGAAAGCCUGGAUCUCCUGCACACCAUCCAGCUGCAGCAGAACCUAGUGUGUCAAAAGUGCUCAGCUGAAAUGAAGAAGGAGAGCAACUUGCUGAUGUUCCCACUCCCAAUGUUUGAUUCUGAUUCUCACCCAGUCAGGACAUUGGGAGAUUCAUUGCGUUGUUUCUUUGCGCCGGAACAGCUGGUGGAUGACAAUGCAUGCCACUGCGAACAGUGUGGCUUGGAAACGCCACAUCUACGGGGCCUGAGAGUUACACGUCUGCCACAGACAUUGAUGCUGCACCUAAAGCGUUUCUGCUGCACAGAAGGCAGCCAGACCCGGAAAAUCAGCCAUUCCUUAGCCUUCCCACAGAGCCUAAAUUUCAGUGAGAUCCUGACGCCAGAACAGUACAACCAGGAUGCACAGGAGGAUGAUGGGUUGUAUGAUCUGUUUGCGGUUGUUGCACACUCGGGAUCAGCUAACUUUGGUCAUUACUCUGCAUACAUUUGGAGUCUCACGGAAAGCAGGUGGUAUUGCUUCAACGACUCGAGCGUCUGUCAGGUAUCCUGGGAUGAUGUCAAAUGUACCUAUGGAAAAGCAUAUCUCCGCUGGGGUGAAACAGCCUAUCUUCUGGUUUACCUGAAAAGGAAUUGUGGGAAGCUCUGAUUUGAUUGGCUCAGGGCAACCACAGGGAGGCUGCAAUUUUUGUGUCCAGAUUCUCCAAAUACCAGAUGACUGACUGUCCAUCACAUUUGUGCAGGAGAGUACAAGCGAUACGUGAACUCAAAGCACCAGGAAGGGAGACCUUUUGGAAAGAAGGCUCAGAAACAACACACUUUUAUCUGCAAUCUGUCUUUGGAAGUUACACAGUGCCUCACUUUCAGACCCUCUGCAGCCGGCUAGUACAGGAGACAGGGCCAGUGGUUUAAGUGUCUUGAGACUUGUAUUUUCAUGAGGAUACUGAGAAUUGUUCUAAGAGAGCUUAUACUCCCCUGCCACCACACACACCUCAACACACUUUUCAUAAAACUAGUUCCCAGGAUUUUCUGCACAGUUGAGCCAGCUUAUAUGCAACAUAGAAUUACCCUUCAUCUCCCCAUCCCAACCUCUCUGUUCUACCUCAGCCGUGACACUUCUUAGCUGCCCCUUUAUAAAGCAGAACCUGCAGGGGGGUAGAGACGAUGGCAGAUCCUCGCAUAUCACAUGCAAUGGGCUUCUGGACCCAAGAAGUACAGAGGUUGCCAUCUGCUGGGCAUAUCAAAACCAGCUGCAAUAUUCAGUCUCCUUUGCUCACACACUAACAUGGAAGCAUUUACUUAUAGUAGGUGGUGCAAUUUUAUUUCAGCCAUCUGCGUGUUAGAUGUUUCUGGGUAUGGGUGUCACUAGUAGAUGGUGCAACUCAUUUAAAAAAUGACUUAAGCAUUUGUCCUACACAGGGUUCAGGCACUCUUAAGCACAUUUGAUUUCAGUGACUUCAAAACAGGCAAUUUAGCAUGAGACCACACAAUGUAGUUCUGUCUAGCACAGAAACAUCUGUUUGGAUAAUCUUAUUUUCCUAGUAUAGAUAGGAGUUGCAUAGAAUCUCCGUUAGCAUCUUAUGCCUUAGUCUAGAAGUUAACUGACAUUGUUAUUUGGUACAUAUUUUAUAUAAGCUGCUUGCAUGAAAAUAAAUCAGUUUAUUGUGAAGCAGCCCUGCUGUUGGCAGAUUACCUCAUUUCCCUUUAAAUUAAAUUGACAACUUGGAGAAAUGUGCAUUUCUUGCUAUGCCACAGGAGUAUUUGCUUUUAUUUAUUGAGUUUUUCUGUGUUUUGCCUUGCCUUGUAAGGCAGCCUAAAUAAAAUA